CACGGAGCGCGGCAGCAGCGCCGCAGCCGCCGGAGCCGCCGGAGCGGGGAGCCGCUGCCCCGGGCGGCUCAUGAGCGCCGGGCGGCGCCGCCGCCUCCCGCCCUCCGCCGCUGAAUGAACCUGUCCCGGCUGCGGCAGCAGCGCGCCCCGACGCAAGAUGGACGGUUUCGCCGGCAGUCUGGAUGAUAGCAUCUCAGCUGCAAGCACCUCUGAUGUCCAGGACCGUCUUUCAGCCCUAGAGCUGAGGGUACAGCAGCAAGAGGAUGAAAUCACUGUGCUGAAAGCAGCAUUGGCUGAUGUGCUAAGACGCCUUGCUAUCUCCGAAGACCAUGUAGCUUCUGUGAGAAAAUCAGCUCCAAGUAAAAUUCAGCCAAGCCUCCGAGAAGCUAUCUCAAUGUCCUGUAUAACCAACGGGAGCGCAGGAAGCAGGAAAACAAGCCACAGUUCUUCUGUAUCUGUUGCCAGAAAAGAAACUCUUUCAUCUGCUGCAAAAAGCGGUACAGAAAAAAAGAAGGAAAAACCUCCAGGACAGAAAGAAAAAAAAGAGGAAUCCCAUUCUAAUGAUCAAAAUCCACAAACUCAAGCAUCACCUUCUCCCCAGCCCUUCUCACAGACUCUCCAAACACACAGGCAAACUCAAGAAAGCAAGAGUUCUGCUCCAGCUAAAAGCAUAAAGCGAUCUUUGACUGCUGAAAAACCUCACAGUGCAUGGGAGAGUUCAGAUGACAGUCAUAACAAACUAUUGAGAGUAGCAUCAACAUCUAAAUUAAUAUCAAAAGUGGCAAAGAACGCGGACAAGCACAAGGAUGUCAUCAUCAGCCAAGCAAAAAUGUCAACUCGUGAAAAAAACAGCCAAGAGGGAGAAUAUAUCAAGAUGUUCAUGCGGGGUCGACCAAUCACAAUGUUCAUUCCUUCUGAUGUAGAAAACUAUGAUGAUAUUAGGACAGAACUGCCUUCUGAAAAGUUAAAACUGGAGUGGGUAUAUGGGUAUCGUGGAAGAGACUGUCGAGCCAAUGUUUACCUCCUUCCUACCGGAGAAAUUGUAUAUUUCAUAGCAUCAGUGGUGGUACUAUUUAACUAUGAUGAGAGAACUCAGCGACACUACUUGGGCCAUACAGACUGCGUUAAAUGUCUUGCAGUUCAUCCAGACAAAAUUAGAAUUGCAACAGGACAGUUAGCUGGAGUGGAUAAAGAUGGAAGGCCUUUACAGCCCCAUGUUAGAGUAUGGGACUCGGUGAGCCUGAUGACGCUGCAGGUUAUUGGCCUUGGGACUUUCGAACGUGGAGUGGGGUGCUUGGAUUUUUCAAAAGCGGAUUCAGGUACUCAUUUAUGUGUAAUUGAUGAUUCUAACGAGCAUAUGCUCACUGUGUGGGAUUGGCAGAAGAAAUCAAAAAUAGCAGAAAUAAAGACGACAAAUGAAGUUGUACUUGCUGUAGAAUUUCACCCAACUGAUGCAAAUACCAUAAUAACAUGUGGCAAAUCUCAUAUAUUUUUUUGGACGUGGAAUGGCAAUUCAUUAGCAAGAAAACAAGGGAUAUUUGGGAAAUAUGAAAAACCCAAAUUUGUUCAGUGUUUGGCUUUUUUGGGAAAUGGUGAUGUGCUCACUGGAGACUCAGGUGGGAUAAUACUUAUAUGGAGCAAAACUACUGUAGAAUCUACUCCAGGAAAAGGACCUAAAGGAGUAUAUCAGAUAAGCAGACAAAUCAAAGCUCAUGACGGCAGUGUGUUCACACUCUGUCAGAUGAGGAACGGGAUGCUGUUAACUGGAGGUGGGAAAGACCGAAAGAUCAUCCUGUGGGAUCACGAUCUGAAUCCUGAAAGGGAAAUUGAGGUUCCUGAUCAGUACGGAACAAUCAGAGCAGUCGCAGAAGGAAAAGCAGAUCAGUUUUUAGUGGGCACUUCACGCAACUUUGUUUUGCGGGGAACGUUUAAUGAUGGUUUCCUCGUAGAGGUACAGGGGCAUACAGAUGAGCUCUGGGGACUGGCAUCCCAUCCUUUCAAAGAUUUAUUUUUAACUUGUGCUCAAGAUAGGCAAGUCUGUAUGUGGAACUCUGUGGACCACACACUGGAAUGGACCAGGCUGCUAGAUGAACCUGGGCACUGUGCUGACUUUCAUCCAAGCGGAACAGUGGUAGCAAUAGGAACACACUCUGGAAGGUGGUUUGUUUUGGAUGCAGAAACGAGGGAUCUGGUUUCAAUACACACUGAUGGCAAUGAACAGCUCUCAGUGAUGCGCUACUCAGUAGAUGGCACCUUACUUGCCGUUGGAUCCCAUGACAACUUUAUUUACCUCUACGUAGUAACAGAAAAUGGAAGAAAAUAUAGCAGAUAUGGAAAAUGCACUGGACAUUCCAGCUAUAUUACACACCUUGACUGGUCCCCAGACAACAAGUAUAUAAUGUCAAACUCAGGAGACUAUGAAAUAUUAUACUGGGACAUUCCAAGCGGCUGUAAGCUAAUCAGGAAUCGUUCUGACUGUAAGGAUAUAGAUUGGACGACAUACACUUGCGUGCUAGGCUUUCAAGUGUUUGGAGUUUGGCCUGAAGGAUCGGAUGGGACAGACAUAAAUGCCCUUGUCAGAUCCCAUAAUCGAAAAGUGAUAGCAGUUGCUGAUGAUUUUUGUAAGGUCCAUCUCUUUCAGUAUCCCUGUUCCAAGCCAAAGGCCCCAAGUCACAAAUACAGCGCUCACAGUAGUCAUGUGACAAAUGUCAGCUUUACCCAUAGAGAUGGUCACUUGAUUUCAACUGGAGGGAAAGACACGAGUAUUAUUCAAUGGAGACUUGUAGAGAAGGUAACUGUACCACAAAAUGACAUUGUAGUAGAAAUUGGUGCAACCAAAGUGCCCAUCCCUGCCAGUGAAAAUGCUGUACAAUCUCCUGCACCCCUCUCUCAGCCUUUUAAUGAAAUGAAUCAAAAUGAAAGUGUAACUGGCAGUUCUCCAGCUUCCUUGGAGAGCAACUUGGAGCAGUCUGCAGAGGCCAGUGAAGAGCAGAGUGAGGAGCAAAGCGACGGGAGCAGCCUGGAUCCUGCGGAGCCAGGCUAUGAAGAACCAUCCAAUGAGACAAGUGAGGAGCACAGUGAAUCCACAGUCACUGAAGAGCAGCAGGAUAACUCACCGGUGUCUUAACACUUACAACGUGGAUGGCUUUUAUUUCCCUUGGUGUGCAUUACUUCAUUAAAGGGUGAGGGUUCAAAUAGGGAGAAGUAGCUGAGAUUCAUGACCACACCAGCUUUUGAGUUUCAGUGAGAUUUUUAGUCUGACCUUCAGUUCAAUAUGUGGAACCAUCUCAAGGGCCCAGCUUCAUGGUUUGUGUCAAGAUCUGGUCAAAGUUAGUAGUGGACAUAAUCAUAGAUUCAUCUUAAUUCUGAAAUUGCAGUCAGGAAGGGGCAUGAAAUACAUACUGGAAAAAAAGGUUGGCUCUAAGAAUUAGCUGAAAUAAACCACCUUAACCAUAUGAAAGUGUUUCCUGAAAGAACUAAAACCAAACAGAAGCACUGAGUGAUUCCAGCUGAGUAGUAGUAUGCUGUUUUUUUCCAGGUGUUAAAACAAACAAACAACCCAAAAAGCUAUUUGUAGAGUUAUUUUCCUUUAUUUUUUCUUGAUGAGAAAAAGAGAGGAAAAGCAAUGUAAUGGUGCCGCAUGCAUCAAUGCCUUCUUGAUCUAACACAUAUGCAAUUUUCUAACACUACUAAUUCCUAGUGGAAUCUGGACACGCUCACAGUUGGUCUGCCCUGGGUGCUGCUAUUUCUAAAGCAAAUCCUUGAGUUGCAAGUUGUUAUUGUCUCUUCAAAGAAUUGCUUGCCUAGAGAGUCUUUACAGUGACCUUAAUGUGAAUGGCAGAGAAUGCAUGGCAAGAAUGCAAAGUCAGAUGUGCUCUAGAAUUAAACUUUAAGCCUUCAAGCAGAACUUGCUCCAUCCCUAGUGGGAGAAAUAGAAAUACAGUUAACUUAAAUUAUUAAAUUGGUGCUUGGGAUUAGUGUAUUAAGUUGAUUUUUUUUUAAUUAGAGGUAACUCUGAGAAUCAUUAAACUUUUUUUUUCCUGACUCCUUUAGCAAUUGUGAUAUAAGCAUACAGUAAUUUAGACAAUGUUGUGAUUUUCAGACUUGUUAAUCUAUCAUUUUUGUGAUUUCCUCCUCCCACCUUGAGUUGCUCUAAGCCAUGCAGCUCUCAUGUGGCUAUACAUGGCCAGUUACGGGAUAUCUUGGCAUUUGUUAUGCAUUUGGAAAGUAAUUUUUUUAUGAAGUUUGUCAGAUAGCUACAGUUUUUUCUUAAGUGCAUACAUUUCCUACUUUAAAAAGGUAUAGAUUUACUGACAGAUAUCCAUUUCCUAUGUACUUGUUUAUAUUUUGAUUACAUAGAAUUUUCUUUUUUAACUUGCUGCAUUGUGCUGAUAUUUUAGUUUUAGUUAGAAUAUCAUGUUUAGAAACUUUGGAUGAGUUCAUAAGUCUUAAUUAUGCAAGCGUUUACGUGAUUGUGCCAUUCCAAAGUGCAUCAAAACUGUCAUUCCCUUACUAGUAUCUUCUCAGGAGAAAUGCUACAGAUCAGGUAUUUAGUCAUCAUUUGGAAAGAUAAAAACUAAUGGACUCCCAAAGGACAUUUAGAACAUUUAUAUAUAAAAUAUAUAAAUAUAUAUAUAUACACACAUAUAUAUAUAAAAUAUCCUCUUGUUUACAACAGUUCCAGAAACCUCAAAGUAGUUCCCUUCUGAUGAAGGGAGGUAUGGAUUCCAAGCAACCCAUCUGUUUAAACUGUGCUCUGUACAUAGUGUUUUACUGGAGGGCUCUAGUAUGCCUGACUUGCAAAUUUGCCAAAUAAUAGCAAUGGAAGAAAAAGUUCAACUCAUCAAAAUACAUGGUUCCAAAUCAGGAAUAUGCUGUAGGUUUAGAAAACAAUCCUAGUAAAGGAAAAAGGAUUUUUAGAGCUAAUGAGGCACAGAGCUCUCUCUGAUUUUUAUGAACUCCACGUAAGCAACACAUUUCAUUUGGAAUAUCUGUCACCUGGGGUUGCCAUGUAAAGUGAGAGUUAUAGUUGUGAUAUUCUUGUGUUUGUAGUUCAGAAGACUCUACUAAUAUGCAAAAAGCCUUACAGCUUUCAAUUGCUGGCAACUACUGUUUAACAAAUAAUUAAAUCUGUGAUAAUGGAUGGAAAUGGGUGGGAUUAUGUAACUGUAGAUGUUUUAGAAAAAUAAUUGUGAAUGAAUUAUGAUUAAGAGUGUUUCAUGUGAAGAUGUUUGAGCCAUUUCUAUCUAUCAUGCAUUCCUGUCUCAAGGCAGAAAAUUUUGAAGAUUAAAAGAAUAAAAUAAUCAAAAUAAUAAA